UUUGAAUUAGGUCAUAUAAAGUGCAGCUAUUCCGUGUAGAUAAAAGCAGUCAGAUCUGAAUCAACUCGGCACGAGAUUAUUGAUGCCUUUGCCCAGACAUUGCGAUUAGCUGUCUUGGAACUAUCUCUCUUUAUGGUCUCUUGGACCCUUGGAAAUUCAUCAAUAUCUUCAGUUACCCCUAUACUAUAAGCAACAGCGAACUUUACUGGACGUAUCUUGUUGAGGAAGUACUGUCCGUUGUAUCCCGCCAUGUUCCCGGAAACGAUUGCACCGUCGACGACAGGGCAGAUUGCCCUUAUUCCAGAGCUUAUCCCAUCCGACGCUCUGCGAAUAUUCCUAGAUCAACACCCAGGAGUGCAAUUUCUUCGCCUCCAAUGGCAGGAUCAUUCAGGCCUCCUGAGGGCCCGCAUUGUGCCCAUUGAGCAUGGACUGACCAUCGCCGCCGGAGAGAGAGUCUUUCAUGUACCGCCUAUUGCGUUCCACUGUAUCGUGGAUAACAACUUGCUGCCCGAGCUCGACCCAACAGGCAACGACUGGCUGGUGCCUGAUUGGAGCUCCCUGCAGACGCGACCGACGUUGGAUCCUCUGUAUUGCAAUGUGAUGUGCAAAGUUGUCGAAUAUGCCCCAGCGCGGCCCGGGCCUAACUGGAACCUUUGCCCUCGCCGUGCUCUGGAGACAGUCGGUAAAAAAGCCGAAGAAAUGUUUGGGGUGUAUUUUCUUGUUGGGUUUGAAGUGGAAUUUGAGGUCAUGAAGGCCUCUGCAGAGGGAAUCCUGAUUCCCUAUAGUUCUGGAUUUGGACGAUUCUCUGUCUGCGGCCUCCGCGAUCCAUGUUAUGAGCAUUUUGAAGAGGCGAUUCGGGUGCUGUUGGCGGCAGGCGUCAAGAUUGAUGCCUUUCAGACAGAGGGGCGGCGUGGACAAUACGAAUUGACCCUCGGAUGCCUCCCUCCGCUUGCUGCUGUCGACCAGUUGAUACUCGUUCACGAUACUCUCAAGCGCAUCUUCAACCGCCAUGGCUUAAUGGUAACUAUGUCGCCCCGACCAGUUGAGUCACGACGGCAGUCGACAGGACAGCAUACUCACAUCUCCAUCAACCCACCCCAUAUGCAAAACCACUUCCUGGCCGGUAUGCUACAGCGUCUUCCGCAACUGUGCGCCUUCUGCCUACCUUACGAGAUAUCUUAUGAGCGUGUCCAGCCAUAUCUUGCUGGUCAUUUGGUUGGCUGGGGCACUGAGAACCGUGUAGUGCCGAUUCGAAAGAUCAAGGCUGGGCAUUGGGAGGUCCGUUGCAUCGACGCAACGGCCAACAUGUACUUGGCCCUGGCAGGAAUCUUGAGUGCCGGAUUGCUCGGUUGCACCAACAAGGAGCCUCUGUUAUGGCCAGAUACAGGCAUCAUGACAGACCCGUGGCCCAAGGAUGCAAAAUCUCUCCCCAAGAGUAUAGGAGAGGCGCUCGAUCGUCUGGAAGAAAAUCACAAAGAUCUUGAGGCUAUGAUGGAGAGUGGUGUCAUUCAGCACUAUCUACGCGUAAAGAGAACAGAGGCGGCAAAACUGCGCGAGACAGACGUGGAGGGAACGCGCCAACUGAUGAAUGAGCUAUUUUAGAUAAUGUUAGUCGGAAGUGCCUGAGUGAGCCUAAAGCUAGAAAUGAAUUGAUGAUGGAUCAUAUAUCUGUAUUUUUGCCGGGUCGCAGAAGAGGCAUCGGGGCUCCAUUUCAAUAACGAGCCAGGAAACCUGAACAAUGGCCACCAUUUUAGUGCGAGGUUCAACGGUUCUCAAAAGCAGAAGUGCAUGAUCUCUAAAUCCAAGUUUGGAGUCUUCGGACGUGUAAAAAUGGAAGAUUUUGAACUCAAUUCAAGCGCUUGACAGGACCCCGAAUUCUCCACUACCUAUGGACAUAUGUCUGAUCUUCUACUAAUUAGACUUACGGAGCCAUCUUGAAACAAGCUAACCUUGAAGUCUAGAAAGAAAUAUUCC